CCUCAGCAGACGGUGGAGACGAUCAUUUAAACUAAACUGUUCGAUCUGGGAGAAGCCAUGGAUCGAGUAACCGCACGAUAUUGAUCCACUGAGCAUUUGAUUAUUACGGAGCAGACAUUUCCAGAUUCCAAAUAUCCUUGUCUUUAUCCUGAUCCAUCGUCAAGGCGACCGCUUUGUAGUUACCAUGAAAACACUACGGGCUUUAUUUAACAAAUUAAGAAGACAGAGUGUGUGAAAUCUUGCAUGUUAUAACCCUCUAAAAUGAUAAACAUAAAAGGUCAAAUUGAAGGGUACGAUAAGGCGCGAGUUGGUAUCAUAUUCGACCAUGAAGAGUUGCGGUCUGGUAUGAAAGUCAAAGGUCAUGUUCAAGUCAACUUGCAAGCUCCACUACAAGUCCACUAUGUCAAAAUCCGGUUCCAUGGUCUCGCGCAGACGCACACAGCCGUUCACUCCACGGACUACAGUCAUGGUCUGGGCUACAACAACGAGGACGGGGAUAAGGAAGUCUACCUCAAUGAGCUGCUGACUCUCUAUGAAGCGGGUCCAGAUGAUGAAGGGACUGUGGACGCGGGAAACCAUACCUAUCCAUUUGAAGUGGAUUUUCCGGAGAAUAUGCCGUCUUCAUUUUCAGAACACAACGGAAUGGGUCACGUGAUCUAUCACUGCCAUGUCCAAAUUGGACGGCGAUACGCGUAUGGUCCUGACAUUUCAAAAACCAAGUGGUUUGAUGUUUACAAUCCCCUUAAUCUGCAAACUGUGCCAGAUGCUCUGGUUCCAUUGGAAGUUAGGCGAGAAUGCAUGGCGCGGUCCUGCUGUUGUCAUCGUGGAUCCGUUGAAAUUCAACUUAAGUUACAGAAAUCUGGUUUUAUUCCUGGAGAAAGAAUAGGAUACGACAUUUAUGUAAAAAACAAUACCUCAUCAGAACUUAAAGAUAUGUCUACCACAAUCCAAAGGGUAGUGACCUACAUUGGACAUAACGGAAGUUUUAAGAGAACGGUGUCAGAGAGUAAAGUCUUCACUGUAGCAGAGAGGGUUUUAAGGCUUGGUGUUAAUGAAGAAGAUACCAUCAGCGGCUCCUCCAUGGGACAGCUGCCCGUUCUCCCACCUUCUGGUUUACCGGGCUGUAAAAUCAUCGACAUUAAUUACUUUGCUAAGGUUGAAAUUAAGUUUGGUUUGUGUGGAUGUGUUGAACUAGACGAUGCCAAAAUAUGGAUAGGAACUGAAUCAUGAACGCAAUCUCAUUCACCGUUUCACAUUUCCUUUUAAUUUAUCAAUCAAUUUAUACCUCUUCAAUUUUUAGCUAUUAAAAAAGUUUUAUCACAA